GGACUAUUCCGAUCACGUUCGCGUGGCGCUAAUUAGCUGUUGAGUACAUUGAAACGUGGAGAAACGCGCCUCCAAUGCGCGUCAUCACGCUUCUCCUAAAUUCCAUCCUCCCAGGAACGAUACUUUUAUCUCAUGCCUUCAAAGCACACGAUUUUAAGACCUGUUCACAAUCCGCAUUUUGUCGACGUGGAAGGGCCUUAGCUCAACGUGCAUCUGAAAAUGCAUCAUGGUCAUCCCCUUAUCAUAUUGACGCAGAAACUGUUUCCUUUUCACCUUCUCAAUCUUCACUGACUGCUCGAGUAACGUCCUUCCUCUACCCCGAAAUUCACUUUCAACUUCAAGUGGAUAUUCUGAAAAAUGGAGUUGUUCGAGUUCGCAUGGACGAGAUUGGCGGGUUGAGGAAACGCUAUGAUGAAGCUGCUUCUUGGGCACUUAUCUCAGAACCUGCAUUGAGGGAUGAUGACCUUAACUGGGUUGGAUUUAAGAAGGGGAAGAAAGGUGGGGUUGUCAAAGCCGCUUACGGAGGGGUGGAGUUGGCUAUUUCAUAUUCGCCUUUGAAGAUCACCCUUCUUAGGAAUGGUCGUGAGGAGGUGGUGCUGAACGGACGUGGAUUGUUGCAUAUGGAACAUUUCAGGAACAAGCCCAAUCAAACCGAUGAAGGCGAGGAGCGGCCAUCAGAACUGGAAGGUGAAGGGGGGGAAGGGAUUGAAGGGACUAGAGAGCAAACUGUGUUGAAGGAGCCAGCAAACGGUAAUGCCUGGUUCGAGGGAGAGGAAAAGGAUGGGUAUUGGGAAGAAACCUUCUUGUCUUGGACGGACAGUAAGCCUAAAGGCCCCGAGUCUCUAUCCCUCGAUGUUGACUUCCCAAACCAUGGUCAUGUUUAUGGUAUCCCACAGCAUGCUGCGUCCCUCUCGCUGCCUUCAACUAUCGGUGCAAAUCCGCACUUCUCAGACCCUUUCCGUCUUUACAACGGUGAUGUAUUUGAGUACGACGCCGAUUCCCCCGUUUCGCUCUAUGGCUCCAUUCCUUUGAUGCACGCUCACUCUGCUGAAUCUACCGUCGGUAUCUUUAAUGCCCUGGCAUCCGAAACGUGGAUUGACAUUCUUGGCUCUCCAACCAAUACAUCCAUCGCAACCCAUUGGAUUUCAGAAUCUGGAAUUCUUGACUUAUUCAUCUUGCCCGGUCCCACGCCAGACGAUGUUUUCGCUCAAUAUGCUUCUUUAACUGGGACGACUCCACUUCCUGCACAUUUCGCCAUUGCUCAUCAUCAGUGCCGAUGGAACUAUGUUUCCUCUGAUGAUGUGCGUACUGUCUCUAAGAGAUUCGAUGAAGAUGAUAUGCCUGUGGAUGUUAUCUGGCUGGACAUCGAAUAUUCUGAGGAACACAAGUACUUUAUUUGGGAUGAAAAGACGUUCCCUGAUCCUGUUGAGAUGGCUAAUGACGUUGCCUCCGUUGGUAGGAAGAUGGUAGUCAUCAUCGAUCCCCAUCUGAAGAGAACUUCAGACUAUCCAGUCUUCGCUGAGGCAGAAGCCAAGAAGAUUCUUGUGAAGAAAGCAAAUGGGGAGGAUUACGAAGGCUGGUGUUGGUCGGGAAGCUCAGCAUGGGUUGAUUUCUUUCAUCCCGACAGUUGGGAGUGGUGGCAUAAGCUUUUUAGUCUUACUGGGAAGACCGAAGGUUGGAGAUGGGCGAAGAGUACAGAUACGAUCUUUAUUUGGAAUGAUAUGAAUGAGCCUUCUGUCUUUAAUGGUCCCGAGAUUACGAUGCCGAAAGAUAGUAUUCAUUAUGGUGGUUGGGAGCACCGUGAUGUUCACAAUAUCAAUGGAAUGCUUUACCAUAAUCAAACAUCUCAAGCUGUAAUGAGACGAGGAACGGAACUCAAGAGACCAUUCGUGCUCUCUCGAUCUUUCUUCGCUGGUUCACAACGCUUUGGCGCUAUCUGGACUGGUGACAACUUGGGGACCUGGGAACAUAUGGCCGUCGGGAUUCCAAUGACCCUUAGUAACGGCAUUGCUGGCAUGACUUUCGCUGGGGCGGACGUUGGUGGAUUUUUCGGCAACCCUGACGUCGAGAUGCUUGUGCGCUGGUACCAAGUUGGAGCCUUUGGUCCGUUCUUCCGCGCACAUGCGCACAUUGAUACGAAGCGACGAGAGCCUUACCUCUACAAUGAGCCUCACAAGUCAAUGUUCCGGGAUAUUCUCCGACUUCGGUAUUCGCUACUUCCUAUGUGGUAUACAGCUUUCCGAGAGACAAGCGUAACCGGGCUUCCUCUCCUACGCCCCCACUAUGUGGUCUUUCCCAAGGACACUCGUGGUUUUGCGAUCGAUGAUCAGUAUUAUGUUGGCAGUUCGGGUUUGCUUGUCAAGCCUGUGACCAGUCCAGGAGCAGAAACCGCCGACGUCUACCUCGCUGAAGAUGAAGUCUACUACGAUUACUUCGAUCGUCAGGUCUAUCGGGGUGCCGCCUCUGGUACGACCGUGACCGUCCCUGCACCUCUUUCUAAAAUUCCACUACUCCGCCGAGGUGGUUCGAUUAUCUCCACUCGUCAAAGACCCCGUCGCGCAUCGCCUCUGAUGAAGAACGAUCCUUUCACUCUUACUAUCGCUCUCGACAGGUCCGGGACCUCUGCCAAGGGCGACCUAUACUUGGAUGACGGCGAAACUUAUGCAUUUGAGAAAGGUGAACUCGCCUGGCGUGGAUUCAGAAUCAGCCCAGAACACAACAAGAAGAACUCUCCACUUGUUCUUCAUAGCGAAGAUCUCGUCACCCUUCACAAGGGCAAUGACGUUGUUGAUGGCGUCCAGAUCAAAUCCUGGGAUCCCCGGAACGCCUUCGCACAGAGUAUAGCUCGCGUAUAUGUGGAGAGGAUUGCAGUGUUAGGAUUAGAAAAGGAACCCAAGAGCGUAAAUGUUGUCGGAGGGAAAGGCUUGGAAUGGACUUUCUCGAAGGGGACUGGAGCGAAGGGGAAGAAAACUGGAGUAGCCAGUGCGCUGACAAUCAAAGCACCUGGGGUGCUCGUCGUUGAGGAUUGGCAAAUCAGAAUUGAGUUGUAGACUAUAUACAAAGCUAAGCGCUAAUGGAGUUAGGUUCAUUGCAUUGCAAGAGGGCGGCGAGCAUUGCUGGGAGCUAGUAGCCGGGCGCGCCCGGCCUCCCCAACGUACUUAUAUAUGCAAGGAGCACAAAUGGUCAUGGAGAUAAGGUAUUUGGUAUGCUCAAACUACCCAUCGAGAUAACACCAAAGUCCGUCCAUUCGAUUGCCCAUACCGUCGUGAGUCGGGAUUGCCUUGACAUAGGCCCGAUGAAGAUAGGAAUGCUUUAUAAUAGAAGUCCCAGGCCCAAAUAGUCCGUUUGGGCAUGCACAGAAGCAUCAAGGAGGCUAUCAUUUUAGGUGCCACUGUCCACGGCGCCAGUGUCUGAGGGGCUACCGCGGUAGGACGGGCGAUGAACUCAAAGAUUACU